AAAGUAGUUUUCAAAAUAAAUUUACGAGAGAAUCAAUUUCUUUUCAUUUUGCAACAAAAUAUAAUAAUAAUUUUUAGCCUUAAAAAUUCUAUUAAAUCAUAUUAAUAACAUGGAUGGCAAAGAAACGAAGCGGAAGCUCAUCGAUAAGUAUGAGAUACCAUUAAAUCACUUGGAUUUCGCUUAUAUUGGCGAGUGUGAGAAUGCACGUGAAAUGGAGAAAAUCGUACAAAUUCUACGUUCCGGCGAGGAAGGUUAUUUUCCCGAUCUCACAACUUGUGCGGAAAAUAAAUUACGUGAACUCAAGCCGAACAGUCGACUCUUUCGUUACGAGGAAAAAUUGCAGGGACGUGAGGCGCUCUCCAAACAAGAAUGGAAACCGAUAUUCGAUUGGACGAAUAAUAUUAAGGUGAAGGAUGUCGAAUUGUCAGCAGCGGCCGAGAAGAUGGCUAAGCUAGAUCUUGGUGUGCCACCGGUACGUAAGAGCGGUGCCAUUAAAGCAUUCAAUGAAAAGAAUGAGCUCAAGGCCAAAGAAAAUGUUGGUGUGGCAGCGACUACAUCGAAAAUUUCGACCGAGCGUAUCAAGUCAACGGAUUACCAAAAAUGGGAUAAAUAUGAUGCAGAUGAGGAAUGCUUACGCAUGGAGUUGGCUGAGGAGCGUGUGCUGGAGGAAGUGGAACGCAAAAAUCGCCUCAAUAAGCAAAAGUCGAUAUUGCAAUCGGAAAAUCGCGAGAGUACAGCUGCUGCCGUUGCUACUACUGAAACCGUUAAAGAGAAGGAAGUGCUGCGCAAAUUAACCGAAGUGGAACGCGAACGUCUCGCCGAAGAAUAUCGUCUGCGUGGAAAUGAUUAUUUUCGCGCUAAGGAAUAUGAGAACGCAAUUAAGGAAUAUGAUCGCGCGAUAAGUGUGUGUGCAGAGAAGGCGGCGCCGGCUUAUAACAAUCGUGCCGCAGCCAAAAUAAAAAUUAAAUGGUAUAGCGAAGCUAUCAAAGAUUGCGAGCAAUGCUUGCAGCUGGAGCCGGACAACUUGAAGGCCCGCUUACGAUUAGCAGAUGCUACAUAUGCCAACGGGGAUAGACAAGAGUCUCACGCCUUAUAUAUGAAAGUAUUAGAGUUGGAUCCAGAAAACGUGAACGCCUUAAAGGCCACAGCACAACUUAAAAGUUUAUAUGGCGAAUUCCCACCAGCCCAUGCAACACGUCUGAAUAUUGUAGAGGAGAAAAGUGAAAAACUCGACAAUAAAGAAAAGAAAGAAAAGAAAAAUUCCAAGAAAGAAAUGAAAACUAAAACUAAUGAGAAACAAACUAUUGAAAACACAAAACCUGACGCGUCUGCAUCUUCCACCAGCAUCGCCGUGCCAAGUGCACCCAAAACGAAACCGAUCGAAUACGAUUUAUCAGAUUUGAUUAAACCAAAUCGUUUAGUCAAAAAUAAGUUAGCCGCCGCAGCUGCUACCUUGAACAACAUGAAGUUACCAGCGAAACAACCGAAGCAACAAAUCACAAAAACAGCUGAAACCGUUGCGGCACCAACAUUUCCCAACGAACUCAGAUUACCGAAUGAUGCGUGCAAACCGAGCGGAAAAAUUUUGAUCCAAGAGAUUUAAAAAUUAAAAAAAACUGAUAACAUUUUAAUUAUAGUUUAUUUAGUAUAAAAAAAUCGCUUCAAAUACAAAUAUAUAUUUUAUUAACACGUU